UGAUCCUUAUCCUUGAUUUUGAUUUUGAUUUCUCAUGUUGGUAAUGGUACAGGUGGAGUAAUUAGCUUAAGUUUGAGCUACAAAUAUCCAGUUGCUCGAUCUUGUGUGUUUGUGAAUGAAAAUGGAGUGCAAAAACAUCUUAGCAGAAGUUGAAAUUUUUGUUGAGAAUCAUCCCCAAAAGAAUCAUAUUCAUAACUUCGCUCUCAAUGGUGACAACAACAAAUCGCCUUCUGUGAAUCCAGUGAAUAUUAGGCAUCCCUGCCAUGGAUCUCAUCUUCUGACUCUUGUUCAAGAUCUUACUAUAGUUCCUCCCUUGUUUCUUCUUCACCCAGAUGAUGAGUUGCAAUCAAUAUUAAGCUGUUCUGGCUGCAAUCUACCUAUUUCUAACACAGUCUAUGGAUGCAUUGAAUGUCGCAUCUUCUUUCACAAGUUCUGCUUGGAGUUUCCCAUCGAGCUCACUCGUCUGCUUCACCAAUUCCAUCCUUUCCACAGCCUGUUUCUCAAAUGCAACCAUGAAACCAAUUUCAACUGUUCUGCCUGUUCUAGAGAACACAAAGGGUUCUUUUACGUCUGUUCUAAAUGUGAUUUCAAUGUAGGUCUCACAUGCAUAUUCUCACAAGCUGCAAGAUCCAUUUCGUCGUCAAAAGGGCACAUUAUUAUUCUCCGGAAGAUCAAAUGGGUUGAUUUUGAUCCGUCUUUUGUUUGCUUGGCAUGUGGGAAGGAAUUCAUUGAACCUUAUUUCUUCACAUGUAUUCAGUGCAAAUUCUAUUUCCAUGUUUGGUGUGUCCUGCGCCCUGCAUUUAAAAGUCCACAUCACAGACAUAUGCUCAAGCUUAUGCACACCUAUGAUCUCAAAGGAGAAGAAGAUGAGUUGUAUUGUGAUCAUUGUGAGGAUAAAAUGUACCCUUUUCUUCCUAUUUAUCAAUGUUCCUCAAAUGAAUGCUCAUUCAUUGCUCAUUGCUAUUGCGAAUUUACCAAGCCUACCUCUAGUGACUCAGUUACUGAAGAGGAGCCCCAUUUGCUUAGUUACCCGUCCCUGGCACACAACUUACAAUACCUAGAAAUGGACAAAUCUAUAGUCAUCAUUAGAGAUCCUGACCGCAGUACAAUGUAUGAGCUUACAUCGAUUUACUGCAUGGAGUUAACCAAAAUGAUCAAUCUCUUUAAGGCUGCAGAUGAUGAAAAAGUAUUUGCCAUGCAGAAAUUGAACGAUGAACUCUCCACAUAUGUGGGCAUGGCUUUUGAAGACUUCAAAGCAACCUAUGUACCCGGUGUCAUAAACAGAACAAUGAAAAUAUUUACCCUUUUCGAGGCUUCAUAUACGGUGACAGUUGGCGAAUACAGAAUAUCUGAAGCUUUGGCCCCGGUUUUGAAAGCCCUGCUUGAAAAAUAUGGCGAUUUUGGUGCAGGCUCAACUUGGAGUUCAGGGGUAAAGAUUUUCUGUAUCCAUGCAUUAUGUGGAGCCAUGAAAGACAUGUGCUAUACUGAAGUGGCUAACCUAGAGGCCGAAUUGAUUUUCACUUGGUGGGACUGCAUUAAGCUUGCUUUAUUCGCAGGAUUCAAAGUUCAGUUUGGUCUUGACUGUCUCAGAGAGGUGUUAUACUCAUUCUUCGGGAUGAAUUGCGAGAACACAACGAUGGAACAGCUGGAGAAUGAUAUUGAGAAGUUCACCCAAGAAGAAGAAGAGGCUACAGAAUUUGAUCUUUCCUCUGAUCUUAUGAGAUCUGUCGUGACUAAUAUUAGGGGUGAGUGUUUAUCAGAAGAGGAGACGACAUUAGAACUGGAAGAAGAAAACGAUCCACUCAAAUUAGUGAAUAAAAACUCAUGGAACUGUUUCUUUAUCGAUACCCAGCAACUGAUUUCUACAGAGUGGACAAACGAGCUUACUAUUAAACUCGAGGAGACUCGUGACUUGCUCUUGAGUAAGACUGAAGAGACUCCAAUCUGGGACGUCAAGGAGACAAAAAAGAUGCAAAUGUGGGACUACUUAUGGAUCAAAAAGAAGAUAAAGACUUUCCUAAGCCAAUUACACAACAAAAAGCAUCCCAAUUUAUGUUGCUCAGUUAAUCAACUGGACUUGUUAGAGUUUCCUUUUUAUCUUUGCCUGAAUUGUGAUGUUCUUGUCCAAUCGGGUUGCUCUGUUUCGUGCACAGAGGAGCGUCAUGAUUUUAAAUUCGAUAUGAUAUUCAAAGAACCUGAUGAUAUGGAGGUAUUAAUGAGCCAAGAUAUCUAUUAUGCCACUCAACAAUGUUGUUUGGUUUGUGAUCUUCCGGUUUGGGGUAUGAAAACAUACGAUUGCAAGAAGCAUGAGACCUUCUUCCACGAAUCAUGCAUAGAAAUCCCAGAGAAAAUACUAUACACCCCUUAUCCAGGGCAAACAUAUUCUCUCCGGUUGAAGAACAGGGAUAAAUCCAAGAACGUUACGUGCAAUGUUUGUGGGCGCAAGUGUCGUGGCUACAGCUUUGGGUGUAAAUCGUUUUACGUGGAAGCUCAAUGCAUCUCCAUAAAUGGGAUGAUGUUUAAAGGUAGUUGCCAUGACCACUUUCUUACGAUCGUUCAGGAGCGAUCUGAAUAUGAAGCUGUCGAUUGUUGUAGCUGUCUAGAGACUAUUAAUGCCAAUCUUUCUCCUAAUUACCUUUAUUGUGGGAUUUGCAACAUUAGCUUCUGCAUUAGAUGCUCUUUGCCGUCCACAGUUUCAUGUUGGUGCCAUCAUGAUCAUCCUCUUAAGUUAGUUGAUUCCUAUGUUGAAGAUGAUUCCGGUGAAUAUUACUGCGAUGCCUGCGAGGAGAGGAGAAAUCCUAAUCACCCUGUUUAUCGUUGUCAUGAAUGUAACAACCCAUAUGUUGCACACAUUUCUUGUGCUUUGAGUAAGACAUCACAUACAGCAGAAGAAGCUAACUGGGUGGUGUCAGAGGUGGAUGUGAUGGACGUACCAGGUAAAGAAGAAGAAGACGAACAAGAAGUGAGAAACAGAUUUCAGGGUUUGUUAACAGAGGAUGAGAUGAAGGAAUUGGAAGUAGUCAAUCAUAACCAUCAUCGAGAACCACAUUGCUGUCUCCCCAUUGACAAUAAGUUACAUAGGAUCUUGAAAUGGUACGAUCUCAGUCCACAUGUGACCACCUCACUCCCACAAAACCCCAACAUAAGUACAUUGGCUUCAAUCCUCAAUAGGCUGUUUGAAAAGUACGGUCAUUUUACAAAAGGAAACAUUUUGAUGACUCCUAAGGUGAAGACUUUUGUCAUGGUCAAGAUAUGUGAAGCUGUAAACAAUAUGUGUAAUGUUAAGAUAAAGGAUGUAUCUGAAGAUGAUGUGAGUAGUUGGAUUUCAGCAUUGACGAUUGCCCAUAAUGCAGGCUUUCAAGUUCACCCUUUGGUUAGGCAUUUGGAGAAAGUGAUAUCGGCUCAUUUUGGGUAUAUUCACUUAGACAUGUCUGCUGAUUCUGCCAUUUCCAGGCUAGAAGAAGUGAUUAGACGUAAAAUGCAGCAUAUUCUUCUGUUGGAAGCAGUUCGUGAUAAGAGAAAGAAAGAGGCUGAAGAGAUUGAUAUGAAUUUGGAUAAAGGGAUUGAAGAAGAACGGAGAAGGUUGGAGGAGUUGAUGGAGAAACAGGUUUUAUCUAAGUUGGCUAAAGAAUGUAGAAACAAUGCUUUGGAGUUGAAAGAUAACUUUGCAGGUCAUGAUCUUCUAUAAAGUUUUCAGGAUUUGAUUCAGCAUAUAACUUUUUUUAAACAUUUCAAUUUGUGGAUUCUUAUGUUAAAUCUAUAUAAAUAA